ACUUAGGCCCAAGCUCGGCGAAAAGGGGGGAGGGGCGAGAGUUACUGCUGCUGCUGGCGAGUGACUGCUUGGCGGGAGGGGGAAGAAGGGAGGGGAGCCAGCGCGGGGAGAUGUUGCCCGAAGUGUAACUGCAGCACCGCCACCGCCGCGACCCUCCUCGCCAUGAUCAUAGAGAACGUGGACGCGCUCAAGUCCUGGCUGGCCAAGUUACUGGAGCCAAUAUGUGAUGCUGAUCCAUCAGCCUUGGCUAACUAUGUUGUGGCACUGGUCAAAAAAGACAAGCCAGAGAAAGAACUGAAGGCUUUCUGUGCUGAUCAGCUAGAUGUAUUUCUGCAAAAAGAAACAUCAGGUUUUGUUGAUAAACUGUUUGAAAGCCUAUAUACUAAGAAUUACCUAGUUCCUAAUGAACCAGCAAAACCAGAACUGAAGUCUAAUCAAGGAAAAGAAGAAAUCAAAGAGGAGGCAAUGACAUUUCAGGAAUCAUUUGAAGAAGACCGAGAAGGCAAAAAGAAGAAAUACACUAGCCCCCAGAAAAAUCGUUCAGAGUCUAAUGAACAAAGAGCUAGGGAAAGAAAAAGAGAUGAUGGCAAGUGGAGAGACUACGAUAGAUACUAUGACAGGAAUGACUUGUACAGAGAGAAAUAUGAUUGGCGAAGGGGAAGAAGUAAGAGUCGCAGUAAAAGCAGAGGGCUAAGCCGAAGUCGGAGCCGCAGUAGAGGUAAAAGCAAAGACCAGGAUGCAAACAAAGAAAGGGAUGCCAGCAGAAAUAUUGACCACAGAGAGCGAGCCAAAUUCAAGUGUGAAAGAAGUGACAUGGAGAGUUCAUACAACCCUGUGUCUUUGUCUUCCAUAAAUUCAGCCGAGCAGUAUUCCUCUGGAGCGCAGUGUAUUCCUAGUGCUGUUACUGUGAUUGCACCUGCUCACCAUUCUGAAAACACAACAGAAAGCUGGUCAAAUUACUAUGGCAAUCAUUCUGCACCUAAUUCAUUUGGCAGGAAUGUUCCACCAAAAAGGCGGUGUCGAGAUUAUGAUGAACGAGGAUUUUGUGUACUUGGUGAUCUUUGUCAGUUUGAUCAUGGAAAUGACCCACUAGUAGUAGAUGAAGUAUCUCUGCCAAGCAUGAUUCCUUUCCCACCACCGCCUCCAGGACUUCCUCCACCUGGAAUGCUAAUGCCCCCAACCCAAGGUCCAACUCACAACAUGAGAAUGCCAGGCCCACAGUUACAUCCUCGGCCGCCACCACUUGUUAGAAUUCCCAUACCAAGGCCUCCUUUAUCUCAGUCCAGUUUGAUUAACAGCCGUGACCAGCCAGGAACAACUACCGUGCCCAGCCUUGCACCAGUGGGGGCAAGACUACCUCCCCCACUACCCCAAAGCCUACUAUAUUCAGUAUCAGAACAUACAUAUGAACCAGAUGGCUAUAAUCCAGAAGCCCCUAGUAUUACUAGUACAGGUAGAUCUCAGUAUCGACAGUUCUUUUCAAGGACUCCAAUGCAACGUCCAAACCUUAUUGGCCUAACAUCUGGUGAAAUGGACACAAAUCCAAGAGCUGCUAAUAUUAUCAUACAGACUGAACCUCCAAUUGGAAUUGCAAGUAACAGCAGCAAUGUAUCCAGAGUGGUGCUUGAGCCAGACAACAGGAAGAGAGUUUCAAACACGAUAGAAGGGCCAUCUCCAAAGAAACCUUGGAUUGGAAAACAAACUAAUAACCAAAAUAAGCCAGGGUUCCUGAAGAAGAGCCAGUAUACUAACACUAAAUUGGAAGUUCGUAAAAUACCACCAGAAUUGAACAAUAUUACUCAACUGAAUGAACAUUUCAGCAAAUUUGGAACAAUUGUUAACAUUCAGGUUGCCUUCAGGAAUGAUCCUGAAGCUGCUCUAAUUCAGUAUUUAACAAAUGAUGAAGCCAGGAAAGCUAUUUCUAGCACAGAGGCAGUGUUGAACAAUCGGUUUAUACGAGUCCUGUGGCACCGGGAAAGCAGUGAGCAGCAGCCCUUGCAGCAUCAGCAGCAACCACAGCAGCAGCAUCAGCAGCAAGCACCAUCACCUCUUCAUCAGCUGCACAUGCAACCACAGAUCCUGGCACAGCCUCCACCUGUAACAGUGCACAGCAGCAUGCCAAAGGUGACUAAAUCAUUAACUUCAGGUGCCUAUGUCUUUAACAAGGUUCCAAUUAAACAUAGACUUGGAACAACCAGUGGGAUUCAGCCAGAUUCUCAACAUGUAUUGCUUAACCAGUCCAGUGCUACUGCGGAGGAUGUUCAGUUGUUUCCUUCAUCGACUGCACAUACAAAGACACUUUACAGUUCCUCUAAUUUGAAGACAGGAAAUAAAUCUGGUACAGGAAAUAAAUCUCAUGAUGUCCAAGAAGUUCUUAAAAAGAAACAGGAGGCAAUGAAAUUGCAACAAGACAUGAGAAAGAAACAGCAAGAAAUGUUGGAGAAACAAAUAGAAUGUCAAAAGAUGUUAAUAUCAAAAUUGGAAAAGAAUAAAACCAUGAAACCAGAGGAGAGAGCAGAGAUUAUGAAGACUCUGAAAGAGCUAACAGGGAAAAUUUCACAAUUGAAAGAUGAAUUAAAAACUUCAUCUGUUGUUUCUACAACAUCAAAGCUAAAGUCUAAAACUGAAGCACAAAAAGAACUUUUAGAUGCAGAAAUGGACUUACAUAAAAGAUUGUCUUCUGGGGAAGAUACGACUGAACUGAGAAAAAAACUCACCCAGCUACAGGUGGAGGCUGCUCGUUUAGGUAUCUUACCUGUUGGUCGGGGAAAAGCGAUGUCAGCUCAAAGUAGAGGACGAGGACGAGGUCGUGGAGGGAGAGGGAGAGGUAUUGUGAAUCACAUGGUAGUGGACCACCGCCCCAAAGCACUAACAAUUGGAGGCUUUGUGGAAGAAGAGAAAGAUGAAGUGCUGCAGCAUUUCUCACAAUUUGGAGAUAUUGAAGGCCUUCAAGAGGAGGAAUCACCUUUAAGUGUUGUUUUGACAUUCAAGUCCCGCUCUGAAGCUGAAAAUGCUGCCAAUCAAGGGUUAAAGUUUAAAGACCGACGACUUCAGAUAUCAUGGCAUAAACCUAAGUUACCCUCUGUGUCUACAGAAACUGAGGAGGAAGAACCCAAGGAAGAGGAGACGGAAACAUCAGAGUUAUUUCUGCCUGAAGAUGAUGACGAUGAUGAUGAAGAUGAAGAUGAAUCUCGCUCUUGGAGAAGAUGAAACUUCAAGAGGAAGCAUAUAAUUUUAGAAUUGUUCGAACUAAAAUUUUUAAAAAAUAUUUAAAGGAAAUCCAUGAGCCAAAAAUCUGUUUGUUUUUUGUUUUUUUAUAUACAGUAUACAUUAAGAUAUCAAAUGUGUUUGAUAUGUAAACUUAGCAAGUAAGUAGCUAUGAUCAGCCAAAGGCCCAGAGCUUCUACAAAGCUGUAAAGAUGGUUGUGAUUCUAAAAGGUGAAAUAUAUCAGUCUUUCAAGCCCAACCUUUGUUCAUUCUGAUUUUAAAGUAUGGAUUUGUUUUAUUAAAUAUCAAUGACUUCAUAGCUUUUAUUAGCAAUGUGGAAUCUGAGAUGAGAACAGUAAGUCAAAUUCAUGUAUACAUCAACAUUGUCUAGAAUUUGCUAAUUCAGAAUUCCUUUCAUUGGGUGGCAGGCAGCUUAAGUAAAUCUCAAUUUAAAACAAUCAGGAAUUGCACAUGUGUUUGUGAAAGAGCUAUUUUUCCUAUAUUCUCCUAUCCGAAAUCUGGUGAUUAUCAGAAUUAUAGUGUAGGAUUGCUCAGCUCAUGUACAGUACAAACCAGUACUUGCUAGCAUUGAUGAUAGCCACAACUUUUGUAGUGUUUUGCUCCCCCCCCCCAUCUUUAAACAUGGCCCAUUCUAAUUACCUUUAGGGUGCAGCUAACCAAACAUUUCGGCUCUGCUUUCACAUUUUAGUUCAGUGGAACAUAUCAGUCUUGAAACCUAUUAAAAGAGACCAAGCAGAAAUAAUUUUUGAACAGUUGGUAAUGUGAAAUUAGUUGUUUUGAAAAUGCCCUAUCUCUAGAACUCAUUUUGGGCCAUUAAUGGCUCCAUUUUAUUUUUUAAGGAAAAGCCAAUACACUGUUCCAAGUAGUGUAUUUUCUGCAGCCCACAGAACCGCAAAUCAAAAACAAUCUUGUUUUAAAGCAAGAGAUACUAAGCCAGCACUUAGAAUAAUAUGGUGAAUUCAAGUUAUAACACGUUACAAAUUAAAGUUGAGUUGAAGAAAAAAGUAAAACACUGAUUUAAGUAUCUCUUAUCCGCAUGCUGAUAAAAGUUUGUCUAUUCCCUCUCCUUUUUUUUAAAGCACUGAAUAGUUCAUGGUAUAGAUUUGGUAGAGUUUAUGUCACAUUUUUUUUACUGCUAGGGCAAUAGAUCUUUGUAACCCAGGUCUCUUGCUGCUGUUAAACCUAAAUACGUCCUUCAGUGGAUCAUUUUCCUUCCCUCCUAGUGCUUGUAUGCUGUAUCUCAUAGCCAGUGGUGAGGAAAUGUGGCUCUCCAGUACAACUCCCCAGGUAGCCCACUAUUGGCCAUGCUGAUUGUGACCAUAAGGACAGUAGUUAAAAAAUAUCUGAAGGGCCAUAAAUAUCCCCAUCCUAGCCAUAGACAAGAGCAGCAUGUUAUGCAAGGAGCAUAUGAUGUCCCUGCAUUCAGAAUGUUAAGAUCGUUGAAGCAAGGCAAACAUUACUGUAUCAAUUCCUGUGGUACCUCUGCACUCAUUCAUUCAAAAAUUAAUUAUAUCUUUCAGGUUUCUUAAAUUCAGAUUACCAUAGUGAGUAUUUAAUUCCAUUGAAGCAUCAGAAAUACUAAGUUGGGUUUCAAGUUAACUUGCUGCCAGAACUUAGUUUCUUUUCUUCCUCCCAUUUUGGGAACUAUGUCCGUCAUGUAUAAAAUCACAUCCCAUUUAAAUUCCAUCCAUAAGUGAGUAAGAGAAUAUGCUACCAACUCUUAUUUUGCCCUUUAAAGGCCUUUGUGUUCUUGAUUAUUGCUACAUUCCUACUAAUGUUGAAUCUCAGUGAAUUAAGUUAUAAGAAAAAAGCACGAAUAUUGCACACUCUUAACAGGCAAAGCCUUGCUUUUCUCCCAUUGCCUGUGAUAUUUUUAGAAUGCUUGUGGCUCAGUAUGUGGCCAUCACAUAUAUUGACCUAGCAAGCAAAACGCUUGAAUCUGGACAGUUAGUUAAUAAUAGAGGGAACAAAGGAUUUAUAUAUACAUAUAUAGAGAUACCUACAUACCUACAUACCUACAUACAUACAUAUAUAUAUAUAUAUAUAUAGAAAUACAUAUAUUGUACAGGGUUUUUUCUUAGAACUGUAUAAUUUUGUAAAUAUUUUUGCUUUUUGUGUACUAAAAACUACCAGCAUCUAGAUUUCCAUGAGAAUUCUUGUAUUUUUGUAUCUGGAAGAUUACAGUUGAUUGAAUAAAGCUGUAAGAGAAAUUUCCUUAGCUUUUGGAACAGUUAGACUGGAUGGGAUUCCUUUUCAUAUGGUUUUAAAUAACCUUUUGUUAGCAUGCUGUUCAGGACAGAAUGAAUAUCCUUACUCAAAGUGUUGGCUUUUUUCAUGGAAGAAAUAGUGGCCAACAGAGGGGUUUAUUUAAUAAACUUUUUUCCCACCUUUGCUUUUUCCUCUUUUUUUUUUAAGAAUAUGUUGACGUACAUAAAUCCCCUAGUGACACCUUAAAUGUAAUUUCUCAGCCUAGAAGCACAAAACUGAGUUGUGCCCCUAAAUUCAUGUAUUGAAAGCAUACUAUUGUGUUACUGAGAAUGUAAGUAAUGGGCAGCAUCGUGGUAACUCACUUAAAACAAAAUAGAAAACUAGUUCAAAGUGACCUUCAUUUUGAUGUAACUUUGGAUCUCCCUGUGUUGUGUAUUAGAACUUAGUAUGAAACUCUUGUGUUACUGGGUGGGUAACUUCUGGUACCGCCUACUGUGAAAUUGUCCCUUUCGUAGUCAUAAGCCAUAACAGAAAGCAUAGUAUAAAUACACCUGCGAAGUACCUUGAAAACUAGAAAUUCUAAUAAAACUUUACUAUACAUAUAAUACCCCUUUCUAAUGACUUAGCAAUGUGUCACUCUGUUGACAUUGAGAAGAAUAUAAUGUAAAUGUUCAGUGAAUCAUCCCCCUAAAGCUUUACGGAUAUUAAUGCUACUACUAUAUAAACUGUCAGUUUAACUGUGGUGUAUUUUUUUAAACCUUACAUAUAAAAAUGCACAGCAUCUGAAACUUUACAAAAAAAACAUAAUUGCCCACAUACAGUGGAGAUGCUUCAACGUUUUUAAUAAAAUCAUGUGAAAAGGAAUAUUAAAUUCCUCUCAAUGUACAGUUACUUGUAUUAUAGUUUUUACAAGAUUGUGAACUUGUGUAAUAGUAUAUUAGGAGAUAUUGUUGGAUUUCUAACUGUUUAUACAUUUGAAUUCAUACAUGUAAUGUUUGUUUUACUGAUUACACUUUGAAUUUCUAAGAUGCAUGUUGACUUUUUGCAAUAAAGAGAUAAUAUGGAAUGGUUUAAAAUUACAAAAAAAGAAGUUUGAACUGAAAUUUGGAAAAGUAACCAUUCCCCAAAAAAAUUAUACUCACAAAAA